AUGUCGUCCACCAUCACCACCACCCCUCUUCCCACGCCUGGCAUUCAACUCGCCCGUUAUGCGGUCUCUCAUCGUACUCGACCUUUACCACCAAACGUCUUACUCAAACUCAAACAUCAUCUACUCGACACAUUCUCCGCCAUCGUUUCCGGUUCCGCUCUGGAAGCAGGAUUAGCCUCUCAAACUCAUCUUUCAACUCUUCCAUCUUCUGACAAAUGUAGUGUCAUCGGUACUUUUCUUCGUACAUCUAUAGUAGAUUCCGCAUUCGCCAACGGUAUGUCAGCUCAUGCUGAUGAAUCUGAUGAUUCACAUGAAACAUCUCAAACUCAUCCUGGAUGUGGAAUACUUCCUGCGGCAUUAUCUAUAUCUGAAUACGUUUCUGCUUCCGGUGAAGAUCUGAUAAAAGCAGUAGGAUUAGGAUACGAGAUUUGUAUCAGGUUUGGUGAAUCUUUAUCAUCUUCAUUAUCUUUUUCAAGAUCUUCACUUUCUUGUCAUGCUCUAGGACCUUUAUUCGGUGGGGGGUUUGCAGCUGGUUAUUUAUUAGGUUUCACAGAAGAAAAAUAUUUGAUUUUGUUAAAUUAUUUAGCACAAGAAGCUAGUGGAUUAACAACUUGGAGAUUAGAUAAAGCUCAUACGCUUAAAUCUUACGUUUUCGCGGGAAUGCCAGCUUCCAAUGCUGUUAAAUGUGUAAUGAUGGUCAAUUCGGGAUUCACAGGAACGGGUGAUGUUUUAGGUGAAGAUAGGAAUUUCUUUGAUGCUAUUUUACCUGGAAAAAACGCUAGGUUGGAUCUGAGAGAUUUGGAAAGUUGGAAAGUUUUAGAAGCGGAUUUGAAGAAAUAUUCAGUUGGAUUUCCUAUAGCUGCUCCAUUAGCAGCUUUGGAAAGUAUAAUCGAUGAUAUACAAUCUUCCAAUUCAAAUUCGAAUAGAUCUCUUAAGAUUGGACAGAAACGGAAAAGUGAAGCUGAAGAAGGGGUGGAAAAGGAAGAGAAAAGUGAAGGAGAAAUGUGGAAAAAAGUUGAAUGGGUGAAACUUUGGUAUCAUCCAGAUUGGUAUAAAGUCAUUGGGGACGCAAAUCAUAUGCCCGAUUUAAACCUUCGUCAUUGUUUAGCGGCGACUUUGGUACAAGGUAGACUCACCUUCGAUGCUAGUCACGACGAAAGUUUGAUGAAAGAACCGAGGAUAGUAGCUGUGGGAAAGACCAUUCAGUUGUUGGAUGAUGAAGAACAGGAUAGAUUCACGGCGAGAGUAGAGGUGAAGAUAGGGGAUAAGGUAUGGAAGAUGGAACAAGGAGGAAACGUUUUGGGAAGGUACGAAAAUCCGAUGAAUGAAGAACAGGUGAUCGAUAAGGCGAAGGAACUUUUGGGAACCGUUUUGGAUGAGGAGAGGGUCAAGGGAGUUGUGGAGAUUGUCAGUAGAUUGGAAAAGGAGAAAAGUUUGGACAAAUUGAUAGGGUUUAUGUGUCCUCCGAAGAUAUGA